AUGGGGAAGUAUUAUUGUGACUAUUGUGAUGUCUUCCUCGUCAGUGAAAGUCCUUCCGUCCGCAAGGCUCACAACAGUGGCCGAAAUCAUCUGACAAAUGUCCGGGACUAUUAUUCUUCUCUGGGUCACGACAAGGCUCAAAGUUACAUCGAUGAAAUUACACGGAUGUUCGAAACGGGCGGUGGUAAUUCAACUUCAAAUCGUGGACCAGGUGGGAACCCUCUUGGGCCCCACCCAGUUCCUCCAAAUCCUGUGAUGGGUGGCCAGAUGCGACCCCCCAUGCAUUUCCCAGGCCCACCGAUGAUGAAUAACACGUUGCCUGGGAUGCCCCCUCCUCAUGUAAAUGGCUAUUCCUCUGGCCCCCUUCCCCCUCAGCAUCAACAAGCUUCUGGGGGUCAGCCGCCCCGCCAUUGA